AUGGAGAAGAAGCUGUUAGAGGCAGUAGAGAAAUCCAGAGCACCUUCACCGCCUGCGCCGAAGGAGCACCAGUAUGUGCCGCCGCCGGCACCGCCAGAAGAGAAUCACUAUUACUAUUGCGAGUUCCCCCCUGAGGUGGAGCCGCAACCCCAAGUGAAUGCCGUAGGCCACUGGAAUGCAAAUGCCAAUUGGAUCCAGGGAAAACAGAGAGACGCUCCAUGGAGAGACCACCCUAACUUUAGGUGGACUGAUCAGAGUCAGAGCCAACCACCUCAACCCUCGACACAGCAAAUGCAACCCUCUGAGGGGCAGCCCAACUGGCCAGCACGAAACCAGGAAAGGACAAAUAACGGAGGGAUCAGAAUGCAUGGAGGCCAAGCAGGUUGGUCAAGUGGACCUCAAGGAAACUGCUCCAGUGGAGGACAGCCCAACUGGUCAAGCAGGCAGAAUGAAGGAAAUUGGGGAUACAGACAGCGAGUCCCCCAGUCAAGCAACCAGGGAAGGCAGCGGAACAACCAAAUGGUGAGUUAUGUCCCGCCACACCAGAGAAGCAACCAACAGCAUACCCAGCCACAAUACCAACAAGAGCAUUAUGGGCAAUCUGACUACCCGCAGCCCAACUACGGUGGGGGACCACCGAAUCAAAGAUACAACCGAAACCCCAACAAUGGCCAAGGAGAUAUGAUAGUACCGCACCAUCCUAAUGAUGCGAUGCGGGAAAUCCAGGAGGGUCAGAAAGAGCAACGAGCGGCGUUGGAGAUUCUGACAAAGCAGUUAUCUCAAGUUGCGAUGUCGCUGGGCUAG